AGCACCUCCGGACCGCCCUAAUCCACAACGAGCCUCCCGCCGAGGCGGAGUGGGCCGCCUGUCGGCCGUUUACUCGGAGCGCCCCGGAGGGGUUUCUCGAAUUCACCCUUAUCACUUGCCGGUAUUUCGACGACGACCACUGGCAAAAAGGCAUGUUACAAGUUGUAGACAGAUUUUGAGACCAUCCUCUCCAACUCACGAGACCCUGUGUUCCCAAUUACAAUGACUGUGGCCUCGCACACGUCGGGCGGCCUCACAGCCAGCCAGGUCGACUCGUUCGAGCGCAAUGGCUACCUCAUCAUCGAGGACGCCCUCUCGGCGGCCACCGUCAAGUCCCUGCUGGACGAGACGAGCUCCCUGCUGAGCAACUUCAGCCUCGACGACCACCCCAUGACCAAGUUCAGCACGGGCGGCGAGGACGGGCAGGACCACGUGGGCGACGACUACUUCCUGACCUCGGGCGACAAGAUCCGCUUCUUCUUCGAGGAGGACGCCUUUGACGCCCAGGGCAAACUGACCAAGCCCAAGGAGAGGGCCAUCAACAAGAUCGGCCACUACCUGCACGCCCUCAGCCCGCCCUUCGCGAGGCUGCUGGGCGGCGACAAGGGCGGCGCCUCCGAGGCGGUCCCCGCCGAGGUUGCCAGGUCGCUGGGGUUCAGGGAUCCGAGGUGCCUGCAGAGCAUGGUCAUCUGCAAGCAGCCUGAGAUCGGGGGCGCGGUGCCGCCUCACCAGGACAGCACCUUCUUGUACACGAACCCGCCGAGCGCCGUGGGUUUCUGGUAUGCGCUCGAGGAUGCGACGCUGGAGAACGGGUGUCUGAGCUUCCUGCCUGGAUCGCACAAGUGGGCUCCCAUCUCAAAACGCCUCGUCCGCAAGGCAGGAAACGCAGGGACAGAGAUGGCUACCAACGAAGGGCCGAGGUUCCCUCCUGGUGAUGAGUACGGCGAGAGGGCUGACACGCCGGCGCGGGAUGAGGACUACAUCCCUGGGGAGGUCAAGGCUGGGUCUCUGGUGCUGAUCCACGGCAACAUCCUUCACAAGAGCGAGAAGAAUCUCAGCCAGAAGGGCAGGAUCAUCUACACUUUCCACAUUAUCGAGGGAGGGGAUGAGAGGGUGUAUGACGAGAAGAACUGGCUUCAACCACCCGCCGAGGGCUUUACGAAGCUUUAUUCUUGAUACACCGUCUUUGAAAAAAUAGAUGACUAUUGCCACCAGCGGAUAAGAUCUCCUCGUAAUGCCCUGGACUGUCUGAGAUUCGGGCCUCACCGUCGUUCCCCAUCAUCAGUAAAUCAGACCGGGACGGUAUCAAGCGCUGUACUUGGUGAGAGCACUCCCACGAGCAGCAUCUCAUUCAAGACCCUCUGGUCUGUUCCUACACCCUCCCCCCCAACUCGAUCCCCUACUCCAUCAACGGUCUCAAAUCAGCGAUCAACGCCUCCAUCUCAUCAACAGUCCCAACACGGCCCCAGUUCUCCCUCGCCUUUGCUGCUCUGUCCUCGUCCACCAUAAACGUCUUGGGAAUACCGUGCCCCUUCUCAUCUCCCAACAUGAUCCUGGCUAUGCCCCUACCUGCCAGGGCACAUCGCGGCAUGCCGUGCCCCGUGAAACCGGAUGCGAUAUACAAACCCUCACCGCCGCCCAGAGACUCGGGGACAGCACCGAUCCACGGGACCUGGUCACGGCUGUACGCCAUGAUGCCGGUCCACUCCAUCGACGCCUCCAGCCCCUCCUCAGGCGCCUUAUCCUCCUUGCGGUCGAGGCUAAGCACAGGCUCCAGCUCGGUCCGCAGCCACCUCGCCACCUUGGGCUCGACCGUGUCGUCCCUCCACUCCCCGACAGCCAUCCCCCGGGCCAGGUGCCGGCCCCCGCCGAGGAUGAGCUCGCCGCCCGGAAGCGGCCGCUGGACGAGGUACUCGUCCCGCGUGGUGUCCCCGCCGUCCUCGCCCUCGCCCUUGAGCUGCCCAAAGAAGACGUACGAGUAGUCCAGCGCGGCGCGCGGCUCGGGCGGCAGCAGCGCGCCGAUCUGGCCCCUGACGGGGACGAUCAGGUCCGAGAAGGCGGGGAGCAGCCGCGACGUGUACCCGUUGGUGGCGAGCAGGACCUUGGCCGCGGAGACCCUGCCCCGGGGCGUGGUCACGACCCACCUCCCCGGGCGGGCGGCGCCCCUGGCGACGGCGGUGACGGGCGUGUUGGUCUGCAGGUUGAGCGAGGCCGGGCCGUGGGCGGCGAGCAGCGCCUCCAGCACGUGGCACACGAGCUUGUAGGGCCACAUGCUCGCGGCGUGCUUCUGCACGAUGGCGCCCGCGACGCCGGGGCGGUCGAGCCUGAGCUUCUCGAGCGUGAGGCCGCGCGCCCACCCGCCGCCGUCGCCCUCGCCCCCGCCCUCACCGCUGGGCCCGUCGACCAGGCCCUCGGGCGAGACGACGGCGAUCUUGUCGGCAAAGUCGGGGACCUUCCUGCGCAGGGCGGGGAUGGCCCUCGCGGCGGCGCCGAAGACGUCCUGGCUCAGCAUGGCGUGCACGCCGUUGACGGGCCGCCAGUCGCAGGGGAUGUCCUCGGCGGCGACCAGGUCCUGCAGGAAGCCGUACGUCUCGAGCUCGAAGCGGGCGACCUCCUCGUCGGUGCCGUAGAGGAAGGGCUGGCAGUGGCCGCCGUUGCGGCCCGUCGCGCCCCAGCAUGCCUCGCGGGCCUCGAGGACCAGCAGGGACUGCUGGCUCGCGGGCGAUGCCGGCUCCUUGAGGAAGCGGGCUGCGAACGAGCCGGUCCUUUUUAUAGUUAGCUAGCUAUCGGUUGGUUCAAUGAGGAGGUGGCAUGUGAUAUGAGUUGUGGCCUGAGAAUUGCUCACAUUCCCGUCCCGAUAAUGAUGGUGUCGGCCUCAGAAGGCAGGUCUGGCGUUGAACGGUAGCCCAGGAGCUUCUUUGAGGGGUCCUUGUGCCAGUAUGAGAGAGUGCUGUUGGGCACUGGGAGCCCGGCUUGGCCGUCGACUACCUCUCGGAGGACCAUGGUUUUGGGUAGCAAGGGUUUUUGAUGGGAGUGUGUUGAAGACUGAGUCGAUAGCAAGAGUUGUACGCAAUAUAGACCAGCCUAUUGGGUAGUUUUGCUAAUAAGAGAGCCCAGGAAGUUAUAGUGAAGAGAUGAGUGAUCUGGAGUGGCGAACAGAGCUGCCCGUUGUGUGAUGGGCAACCGGCCCCGGAUCGGGCGUGCUCUGAGCGGGGAAUCGGCCGGCUGACAUGGUCUUAUCUACGGCCGGAACAGCA